UUUUUCUGUUUUUAUUACAUACAAAUUUUUUUUAUGUUUCUUUAAAGAAGAUUUGGGCCGUGUCAGGUGUGUCUCAGCCAAAAAGAAUUUGCGUUUUAGCGAACCCUAACCCCAGCAUCUAAGUUUUUUAAAAAUCUUUGGAUAAGAUAUCCCUUUUUUAUAAAACUCCCUGCCUUUAACCUUUUUUUUCCCACUCUUUUUUAUUACCAAAUGCUUAAGCCUGCCAGAAGGUCCACCAGCCCACAGAGCCCGCCUGCAGAGUUGUGCCUCGAGUCUGCAGCCGUGUCUUUAAUCGGCCCUGCCAAUGAUGCCAACCCCAUGGCACAAGUCCGCUCCAAGUUACUUGGGUCCAUAGUCUUUCAUGCUAAUGUCCAAUGGACUCGCAUUACCCUUCAGCUGACGGGAGUGACAAAGCUUAACAUUGCCGCGCCAGGUCAACAUGACGACAAUGGGCAACCCAGUCAUAUUACUACCACGACAAAUAUUUGUGAAGUCGAAAAAGAACUGAUUCCCACUGGCGAGUCAGCCAUAAACUUUGGCUUGCAUCUUCCCCACAACUUACCUCCCUCUAUUGAAACCAAGCACGCUUCUGUCGUCUAUACCUUAAUUGCCACCCUCACUGGCGGCCCCUACAAGAAGCACAAAAUCCAAAAAAAUGUUCUUGUCAAGCGUCAUUAUUUGCCCAAUUCCAGCGUCAUGAUACCCACUGCCUCCCUCGCCAAAGUCCAAGGCUGGUUCGAGUAUAACAUUGAAACACCUAGAGCCUGUGCCAUUGAGGCUGGAGAAGUGGUAUUGGCUGCACGCUGGAGUGUUGAGAAGGAGCGUAUGGAUGUCAGGACGGUUGAUUUUCAAUUGGAAGAGAUUGAAUCCUAUAGGUAUCGCACGCGAGAUGCUGUACACAAAUUACCGCCCAUCAUUCGACGCUUCCCUGCGUCCGUUUAUCCUCCUCCCACCUUCUCACAAGACAUCAAUGAAACUCAUCUCAUAAGAGCUCCUAUUCCACCUGCGCUUCGUGGAAGACACUACUCCAACUAUGUGGAAAUUACCCAUCGUUGUCGAAUCACCUUUCACUUUGGUUCUCCUGAUGCACGUAUGCCAUAUGUCGAGCCUUUGGUGGUUGAAAUACCUAUCAUCAUCACUGACUUUCCCAUUGGAGAAGACACGGCUACUGGUAUUGGAUCUGGGGAUGAUGGUGUUCAAGUUGAUCUUGAUCUGCCAGAGUAUACUCCACAAUACGAGAGCGCUGUCCAAGUUUCCGUCGGUCCUUAGGCGGCUGGCCAAUCACGCCUGGUAUCUGAGGGUUAAUUUGGAAACCUUUUUCUUUUAGUUGUAUAAUAAGUGGCAGAUCUCUUCUCGCUUCUACUAGCAUGACUUUCAUGCUUUUUACUUAGCAAUGGCGGUCCGUUGCAAAUAAUGUGUAUCAUAUUUUUUUUUAUCAUUGGCAUAAUUACCCGGAAAAGGAAUAAAUCAUAGUGUUUAGAAGGGCCAGAC